AUGAAGGUGAUCCCUGCAUCUGGCCUUGCUGUCCUCCUCAUCACGGCUCUGAAGUUUUCCACUGCAGCCCCCUCCCUAUUUGCAGCCACCCCCAGGACCUCAAGGAACAGCUACCACCUCGCACAGGCAUACCUUGACAAAUAUUACACAAAGAAAGGAGGGCACCAGAUUGGUGAGAUGAUUGCAAGAGGAGGCAAUUCCAUGGUUAAAAACAUUAAGGAGCUGCAGGCUUUCUUCGGCCUCCGAGUCACUGGGAAGUUAGACCGGGCCACCAUGGAUGUGAUCAAGAGGCCUCGCUGUGGAGUUCCUGAUGUGGCAAACUAUCGCCUCUUCCCAGGUGAACCCAAAUGGAAAAAAAAUACUUUGACAUACAGAAUAUCCAAAUACACACCUUCCAUGACUUCUGCAGAAGUGGACAAAGCAGUGGAGAUGGCCCUGCAGGCCUGGAGUAGUGCCGUUCCUCUGAACUUUGUCAGAAUAAACUCAGGAGAAGCAGAUAUUAUGAUAUCUUUUGAAACUGGAGAUCACGGGGAUUCCUAUCCAUUCGAUGGGCCUCGGGGGACUCUAGCCCAUGCAUUUGCACCUGGAGAAGGCCUGGGAGGAGAUACACAUUUUGACAAUGCUGAGAAGUGGACUAUGGGAAUGAAUGGUUUCAAUUUAUUCACCGUUGCUGCUCAUGAAUUUGGCCACGCACUGGGCCUGGCCCAUUCCACAGACCCAUCAGCACUGAUGUACCCAACUUAUAAGUAUCAGCAUCCCUAUGGAUUCCACCUUCCCAAGGAUGAUGUGAAAGGGAUCCAGGCACUGUACGGACCUCAGAAGACAUUCCCAGGGAAGCCCGCUGUGCCCCACAGCCCCCCUCAUAAUCCUUCUAUCCCCGACCUCUGUGACUCCAGCUCAGCCUUUGAUGCUGUGACAAUGCUGGGAAAGGAGCUCCUGUUCUUCAGAGACCGGAUUUUCUGGCGUUGGCAGGUUCACUUGAUGUCAGGGAUCCGGCCCAGCACCAUCACCAGCUCCUUCCCCCAGCUUAUGUCCAAUGUGGAUGCAGCUUAUGAAGUGGCUGAGAGGGGCACAGCUUACUUCUUUAAAGGACCCCACUACUGGAUAACAAGAGGAUUCCAAAUGCAAGGUUCUCCUCGGACUAUUUAUGACUUUGGGUUCCCAAGAUACGUGCAGCGAAUAGAUGCUGCCGUCUAUCUCAAGGAUGCACAGAAGACCCUUUUCUUUGUGGGAGAUGAAUACUACAGCUAUGAUGAACGAAAAAGGAAAAUGGAAAAAGACUAUCCAAAGAAUACUGAAGACGAAUUUUCAGGAGUUAAUGGCCAAAUAGAUGCUGCUAUGGAGUUAAAUGGCUACAUUUACUUCUUUUCAGGACCCAAAGCGUACAAGUAUGAUAGAGAGAAGGAAGAUGUGGUUAGUGUGCUGAAAUCUAGUUCCUGGAUUGGUUGCUAAAUAGAAAAGUCUAGUCUUUCCUAAGGAAUGAAGAUGACUGAGAGCAGCUGGUAACCGGAUCUUAAGGACUAAAUCAGAACUCAGGUUACGUAUUCUUCCCAUGGCCUUCAAUUCUAUGGGUAAUUUAGAAUUUGUUGAAAAUAAUUCUGCUUCUAAACUGUUUCUUAGUUUCGGAUUCAGAAUUUUAAUCCAAAUGGAAAAUUCCUAUAUGGUCAACUUUACACAAAAUCAGAAUCAACACAAUGCAUGCUUCAGUUAGACACCCGUCAUUUUUUUCUUACCUAAUACACUGAAGCAAAUUGAUAAGUUCGUUUUUUAUUUCCAGGAAGAAACCUACUUGUGGACUCCCUGACAUGUAUUAUAAUUCUUUUAAUAGGAAAUAGCAUUACUAUACAAAUUAUAAUAAUUCUUUACAAGCAGUGGCUUUUUUGGCCUUAACAUUUGUUAUGAUGAAUAUAAAUGUAUCCGCCUUUACUUUAAACAUAUCACAGACAACAUACUGUAUAAGUUUUGUUUCUCCUUGUUUUUGUGUUUGUUUGUUUGUUUGACUCUAUGUGUGCUCACUGGUCUUUGAAGUAGGUUACAGUGGGCAAACCUACUCAAAUGGAUUUUCAUACUAGGUAAGAGGUGGGCACUUUGCAACAGGAAGACUUUUAACAAAAACCAAUAAAAAUGUUGUAAAAGAAUAGUUCCUCAUUUCUCUUUCGUUAAUGUUUACUAACUUCUAUCACACUUUGGCAACAAAUUCUGUGUACCUAUAGAAAACUCAAACCUUGAUAUAGUAUCAUGAGUAUGCAGACCCAGAAAAAAAUACUCAUAAUUCACUCUUUUACCUUCUUUCCGAAAAUAAAAUGCCCUCAAUGAAACUAUCUUUAACCCAUCUAAGUGGGUCUCUUCUGAACAGCUUUCCAUUUAGGGAAGUUUGUCUUUUGUUUUAGUUUUUCUCACUUCAAGCUAAACCAUUUUUUUCCUACCUAGCCAUUAGUACAGAUAAAAUACAGCUGUCUGUCAUUCUUAAUUUUUUUUUUUUUUUUUUUUUUUUUUUUUUUUGUGGUACGCGGGCCUCUCACUGCUGUGGCCUCUCCCGUCGCGGGGCACAGGCUCCGGACGCACAGGCUCAGCGACCAUGGCUCACGGGCCCAGCCGCUCCGCGGCAUGUGGGAUCCUCCCGGACCGGGGCACGAACCCGCGUCCCCUGCAUCGGUAGGCGGACUCUCAACCACUGCGCCACCAGGGAAGCCCCUAUUUUUUUAAUCUUUACAUUUUAGUAGUUCUACUAUAAAACAUUGAUAAAGGAAAUUGAAGAUGAUUCAAAGAAAUAGAAAGAUAUCCCAUGUUCUUAGAUUGGAAAAAUUAAUAUUGUUAAAAUGGCCAUACUACCCAAAGCAAUCUACAUAUAUAACACUAUCCCUAUCAAAUUGCCCAUGACAUUUUUCACAGAACUAGAACAAAUAAUCCUAAAAUUUAUAUGGAACCAUGAAAGACACAGAAUUGCCAAAGCAAUCCUGAGGAAAAAGAACAAAGCUGGAGACAUAACCCUCCCACACUUCAGAAAAUACUACAAAGCUACAGGAAUCAUGGUAUUGGCACAAAAUAGAUGUAUGGUUCAAUGGAACAGAAAAGAGAGCCCAGAAAUAAACCCACACACCUACAGUCAAUUAAUCUUUGACAAAGGAGGCAAAAAUAUACAAUGGAGAAAAGACAGUCUCUUCAGCAAGUGGUGUUGGGAAAGCUGGACAGCCACAUAUAAAUCAAUGAAGUUAGAACACUCCUUCACACCCUACACAAAAAUAAACUCAAAAUGGCUUCAAGAUUUAAAUAUAAGACAUGACACCAUAAAACUCGUAGAAGAGAACAUAGGCAAAAUAUUCUCUGACAUAAAUCAUAGCAACGUUUUCUUAAGUCAGUCUCCCAAAGCAAUAGAAGUAAAAGCAAAAAUAAACAAAUGGGACUUAAUCAAACUUAUAACUUUUGCACACUAAACGAAACCACAAACAAAACAAAAAGACAACAUACAGACUGGGAGAAAAUAUUUGCAAACGAUGAGACUGACAAGGGCUUAAUUUCCAAAAUAUACAAACAGCUCAUACAUCUCAAUAACAAAAAACAAACAACCCAAUCAAAAAAUGGGCAGAAGACAUAAAUAGACAUUUCUCCAAAGAAGACACACAGAUGGCCAAAAGGAACAUGAAAAAUGCUCAACUUCAUUAAUUAUUAGAGAAAUGCAAAUCAAAACUACAAUGAGGUAUCACUCACACCAGUCAGAAUGGUCAUAAUUAAAAUGUCUACAAAUAAUCAAUGCUGGAGAGGGUGUGGAGAAAAGGGAACCCUCCUACAUUGUUGGUGGGAAUGUAAAUUGGUGCAUCCACUAUGGAAAACAGUACGGAGGUUCCUCAAAAAACUAAAUAGAGUUGCCAUUUGAUCCAGCAAUCCCACUCCUGGGUAUAUAUCUGGAGAAAACUCUAAUUUGAAAAGAUACAUGCACCCCAAUGUUCAUAGCAGCACU